UCCAAAGAGAGUGUCACUACUUGCAAACUACACAACAUUUUUCCCCUUCUUUGAGCCUUAUCUUCUUCUCAGAGAGCAAAUUCACAACCGCCAUUGCAAAAUUUCGAGGCAAUUUCAGGUCGAGUAUGAAGAAGAGUACGGUGUCGCCGAUCACUGUACUAUUUGUUGUUGCCGCAAUACUAAUUUCUUACUAUUCCGAUGUCUCGUCGGCAGAAUCAAAUUCAGACCCGACGCCUUCCCCGUGGCCUCAUCAAUUCCACUCGAUAAUGUUCGUCAAUUUCACCGGAUCUCUAAGCUUAAUCGACCUCUGGUACGAUUGGACCAACGGCCGCAAUUUCAACAUCAUACAAGACCAGCUAGGUGAGCUUCUCUAUGAUCUUGAAUGGAACAAUGGCACUGUAUUCCGCUACACUCUAGACGAUGAUAAGAAGAAAUGUAGUUCAGCGCUGAUUGAUGUUGGGAUUCUUCGACCAAAUUGGCUUGAUGGAGCUACUUAUCUUGGUCAACAAUUCAUCGAUGGAUUUCACUGUAAUGUAUGGCAGAAGGUGGAUUUCAUUUGGUAUUACGAAGACAUCGUGACAAAGAGACCCGUCCAUUGGGUUUUCUAUACUGGAAGGUCUAUUCAUGUAAUGACUUUCGAAGUGGGAGCAGUUCUUGAGGAUGCAAAAUGGCAAUCCCCUGUAUAUUGUUUCGAUAAAAAACAGGUUCACGAUCACCCUGCAUCAGCCAACGAUAUUCUGGAAAUUGGCUCAAAAGGUAUUUUAAGAGAGUUCAUAUAGCCGCGCAACUGUGUAAAUAGCUCAGCUAGAUGUUCUUAGUAAUGUAUUUGCCUUGUUUUGCUGCCUCUGCCUGAAUCAGAAGUUGACAUGAUAGAAAUAACCAGUUUCAUCCCCCUAUGUAUGUGUUGUGUAUUACAAUAACCUAUGUUGCUCGGACCGUUCAUAAAUGGCGAUGGGCUGCACAUAUGUGGUAGCAUUUUAGAGAGUCCGAGCAACAUAGACAAUUUCCAUUGUAUUAAUGUUACAAGGUCUUUUUUAUUGUAUUAGCGGCGCAAUCAAAAUGUAAGUUUGAAAUUGUAAAAA